UGUCGGCCCUAACAAAAGAGGCAAGCGCGUGAGGGUGGGGGUUGCAUUUUGGGGCGGCAGGGAGAGGCCCAGCCUCCCGUCCAAUGGGCGCCGGAGGAGGCCUCCGCAACGGGCCAAUCAGAGUGGUGCGUAGAUGGUGUCCAAUCAGCAGACGCCGCUGCCGGCUUUAUAAACUUCACAUAGGCAUUUGGAGACUAUACUCCGACUGUGAAAGAAGGAAUCUAGCUAGCGCCAUGGCCAGAACCAAGCAAACCGCUCGUAAAUCCACCGGUGGUAAAGCACCCAGGAAGCAGCUCGCCACCAAGGCUGCGCGCAAGAGCGCCCCGGCCACCGGCGGCGUGAAGAAGCCUCACCGUUACAGGCCCGGCACCGUGGCUCUGCGAGAGAUCCGUCGUUACCAGAAGUCCACUGAGCUGCUGAUCCGCAAACUGCCCUUCCAGCGCCUGGUGAGAGAAAUUGCCCAGGACUUCAAGACCGACCUGCGCUUCCAGAGUUCCGCCGUGAUGGCCCUACAGGAGGCUAGCGAGGCUUACCUGGUCGGCCUGUUCGAGGACACCAACCUGUGCGCCAUCCACGCCAAGAGGGUGACCAUCAUGCCCAAGGAUAUCCAGCUGGCCCGUCGUAUUCGCGGAGAGCGCGCUUAAACGAUGACCUGAUCUCCAAAAUCCCCCAAAGGCUCUUUUAAGAGCCACCUCCAUAUUUCCGUCAAAAAGGCACAAUUGUUCCAUUUCCCACCAUGUAUGUGGUUCGAUUCCAGGCUGUAUCACAACCGGCCGUGAUUGCAAAUAAGCGCUGGUUCGAAAGAAAAGCGACGUAUUGCUCCUGGGAUAUGAUCUGCUAAAGAGAGAGUGAUGUAAUGUCUAGAGUCAAAAGGUUUUGCAAAGGAGGAGUAAUGACAUAGGGCAAAGAGUGGCAAAAUUGGUCACUACGUAGCUACGAAAAACAUACAUGAAAGUCCCGUAUUGCAGUGCUGCUGAGAGACUCGUGCAGAGGGGAAAACUUUACAGUGGAGCACGGAGGCCAUCUAGUGGUUAAACGCGGCUACUGCCAACUUGUGAGCACAUCGUAGUGGUAUUUGAUCUUCAGGCCGGCGUUUCCCAAACUCGGUCCUCGGGUCCCCAAGUGGUACUUUUUCGAAUCCAAUAGCUGUUGGAAUGUAACAUGCUAGAGUGUGUCAAUGACUUAGUGAAAAUCCCCAUUC